AUAGAGAGAGAUGAAAAUGUGCGGGCGUUAAAAAAGACACAAGCUAAGGCAUGGCGAGUGUGCAAGCCAGAGUGGUGGCGCUAUCUCUCCUCCUCUUCCUCCUGCUGGCGAUACCCGGCGGCUGCCUCUCCGCCGCCGUCCACGAUCUGCUCAGGUCGUACGGACUUCCGGGCGGGCUUCUCCCGAAGCAGGUGAGCAACUACAGCUUGUCGGACACGGGGCUGCUAGAAGUAUUCCUCGAAGGCCCGUGCCUGACCAAGUUCGACACCAUGGCCCGGUACGACAGCGUGGUCCGGGCCAACCUCACCCACGGCGGCCUCGGCGGCGUCCAGGGCUUCUCCCAGGAGGAGCUCUUCGUCUGGCUCCCGGUCAAGGGCGUCGUCGUCCACGAUCCCGCCUCCGGCCUCAUCUUCCUGGACAUCGGCUUGGCUCACAAGCACCUCUCCCUCUCCCUCUUUGAAGAUCCGCCCGAUUGCAACGCCCAAGCCCCCGGUGUUUUGAAGAUGACAGGGAGGAGGGACACAACUACAAGCACCUCGUUUGCCAGGUCAUCGUGACUCAUCAUCCCACAUUUUCAUGAGUUAGGCUUCGGGCGGGAUUAUUACUGUUGGAGUGGACCAUUAAUUAAUUAAUUGAUUGAUUAGUUAGUACAGUAGAUCGAUGUGUACAGCUCCAAAUUUGCACUUCUUUAUUAAUUAUUUAUUACGUACGUAGCUUAAUAGCAGCAGCAGCAGCGUGCAGGUAUUCAUCUCAGUUGUUAUUUUCUUCGUUAUAUUUCAUUAUCGUCACCAACCCCACUUGCAUCCUCAUAUUUCCAAAAAAUUUAUACGUAUAAAAUGAUCGGAAAAUCGGAAUAUGAU